ACUGCCCCCAGACUGAACCACAUACAGUGCUCUCAAUACUGGAAGGUAUUUUACACUUCUUAGAAAUACUCUUCCCUUCCUGGACUACUUAGCAAACUCCUACCCUCAAGAUUCGGCCCACACACCUCUCAUUUAUCUGGUCACUUACUCAUCAUCCAACAUUUUUUUUUUUUAACACUCGCUGUAAAUGGCAUCCUCGUUCUAGAAACACAUCUACCAGCAAUUAAAACAUGCCGAAUUAGCACUGCUUAGGAGAACACCUACUGAAUAUGCAUCUUAGAUCAUCUUCCUUUUUAGAAUACUGAUCCCACCUGCUACACGCCUGGUGAAAACUCCAGUUACUUGCCAGUAAGAUAUUGUCCCCCAAAUGUACUUAUCCUGUUUUCGUGCAUUAUAAGCUUUGUUCAGUUUAUAGUUUCUAGGCCCAUUACUAAGGAUAAGUCAGAUAUCCAGCUGAGAUAUAACUUUUUUUUCUGAAAACAAUGUGAGCUAUGGAAGGGAGAAAAGCUGUUAACGACUCCCAAAAUUUCCUUUCCUUAUGAAAUUCACAUAUGUAACAGGCAGUUAAAAUAUAACUACCAGACUUAAUGCAUACUGAACAGAAAUCUUGUUUCAAAGAAAAGAUAUGAAAUAUGGAGGCACUUUCACCACACAAAUAUCCCAUUACAUAUGCUAACUGCAAUAUUUAUGUUCAAAACUCUAAGAACGUGUCUGAUACUCUUUGAAGGGAAUUCCUGAAAAUGAACUUCUGUGCAAACCUGAAGCUUCAAUGUAUGUGUUUUAAAAAGGAAUGUUUACUGAAUUUAAACAAGAGAAAAGGGAAAUUGGCAAUAUGGACACGUGACCCCCUCACAACUCUGACAGUAAUCUCUGCACUGCCAUUCUUUAAACAUCAUUAAAAGGUAUUGCGAAUAGUUUAAGUAUUAAAAAUACGUAAGAAUGAUUCUAUGUUUGAACACACAUUUAUGUUCAAACAUUCAUAUGAAUAAAAAUGCUUAAAACCACCCCUUGGGUAACUAACAACAUAAACUUGCGAUUGCAAAUUUUAUGGCUCUUACUACAAAACAAAAAUUAGAAUGAAAAGACCACUUAUCUUUAGAGGACAAGCAUGAGCUUGUCUUCUAACAGCACAAUAACAAACGUAUGUAUUCCUCCGUGCUUUCAAAGGCAUCAACAGAAGGGAAUCACUAAAAAUGUAGGGGAAAAGAAACCACUAGGCUGGAGCUUUGGUGUCUACGCAGAUCCUGCUGGAACAGCGCUUAGGGAGAGUCUAGGGAGCAGCUCUGACGUCAGCGGCAGCCAUCGGAAGUCAGGUCUGUUCUACAAAAGCAGCGACGCACGCCCGGCAGCACCCGCGGCGCAGGAGGGCGCCAUCCCCAGCCCCGCGGGUCCGAAUCGCACGCGGCCAGGGCCGCUCUCCCGUGAGGAGAGCCCGGCGUGACGGUCCUAGCGUGCUGCGGCCUCUCCCCGGGGCUCCUCCACAAGGAUCCCUGCGGGGGCCGGGCUCGGCCUUUGCCGCUCGGGACAGCCAUCCCCUCGAAUUCGCGCUCGCAGUCCCUGCCUUCACUUCCCGGGUUGGGAGGCGGGCGACGGCGCGCGAGAUAAAGGAACUCGCAUUCCCCGGCGCCGAGGCGGCAGCAGCGCCGUGCACAGCGGCUUCUGAGCGCGGCGUCAACGGGGAGUUGCGUGCGGCUCCCUGUUUCCGGGUUACGUGCGCGCCUGCAGAGCCAAAACCUGCGGCCGAAACUCCCGCUUCUCCGGAAGGAUUAAAGGGCGGGCGCGCCACCGGGAGACGUGUCAAACUCAGCGCGCCUCAUGGCGGCCGCGGCACCCCUCCCGCCCGGGCUCCCGUCCGUCCCCGCCCGCUGACUUACCCUGCGCACGCGCGCUGAGGCUCCGUGCGGCGGCCGCGGGCCCCGCCCCGAGGUGGGAGGGCCUGGCGCAUCCGCAGCUGGCCAAUCGGCGGAUGGCCUCGCUCGCCCGCCCCCGCCCCAUCCUGCCCCCGGCGCCGGGCUCCACGUGCUAGUGUUUGUGUACGUGCGGCCUCCCGCGGGGCUGGACCGGGUCCAGGUGGUUGGGGAUUAGACUGCUCGGGCGCAACCGGAGCUGGGGCGCGGCUGCCAAGGGCCGGCCCGCAAGUCCCAGCGGUCUUUAAAUUCUCCAGUGCUGGGGCCGGCGUGCGCACUCUUACCUGCCGCGCUGCGGCGAGCGUCCCACCGCUCUGCACUUCCAAGGACUCUUGUCAUCUGCCUUAGGCGGGAAAUGCUGUUGCUGGACUGCAACCCCGAGGUGGAUGGUCUGAAGCAUUUGCUGGAGACAGGAGCCUCGGUCAACGCACCCCCGGAUCCCUGCGAGCAGUCGCCUGUCCACUUAGCCGCAGGAAGCGGCCUUGCUUGCUUUCUUCUCUGGCAGCUGCAAACGGGCGCUGACCUCAACCAACAGGAUGUUUUAGGAGAAGCUCCACUACACAAGGCAGCAAAAGUUGGAAGCCUGGAGUGCCUUAGCCUGCUUGUAGCCAGUGAUGCCCAAAUUGAUUUAUGUAAUAAGAACGGACAAACAGCUGAAGAUCUCGCUUGGUCAUGUGGAUUUCCAGACUGUGCCAAGUUUCUUACAACAAUUAAAUGCAUGCAGACAGUAAAACCAAGUGAACACUCUGACAGGAAUGAUCGUGUUCCUGUGCUCAGACAGAAACGAAGUUUUGGAAGUGUAGGAAAUAUCAGUGGGAAAAGGAAGUGUUGGUAAGUAACUCAGAGCUGCUGUUUUCCUCCCUCAGUAAUUAAUCUCAUUUGCAUAGCAUUUAUUAUUCCAUUUAAUAUUGACACUCUUAUUUCUAGUAGUGGUGUUUCAUUCUCAUUAACAUCUUAAUAUUGGUUAUAUGAGUCUAGAGACCAAAAAUGGGCCUGCAUGGUGGAAGUUUGGGGAUAAAACUCGUUUUUUUACAAAAAGUUUUUAAUGUUAGCAUGUUUUUUUAAAAACAGAUGUCACAUGGGUCAUGAAGAAGUCUGAAGAACGCCCUCAUUUCAUGCAGAUCUAUAAGCUCCUGCUUUUGGCUUUACCAUAUGUGUGUCUAAACUCCUUCUGAGGAGGAGGAAAAACUUUCUUCCAAGUGAAGAUCCAUUUAAGAACACAUGUAUUUACAUGCUUAUAACAUGCUGGUUGUGUAUGCUUUGUCUUUUAAGUUUUAUUAAAGGAAUGUCUAAAAAAUACA